CUGCAACCUGAUUAGACCGCGAGUAUUACAAAUCUAUCCUCCGAUCGAACGUUCUCAAUGUUCAGACCAAAAACUACACAAUUAGUAAGUUGAUUUUAUACUCAUGGUGGCAGAUAUAUAGACCAUUGGACGAAGCGAAAUCAUGCCUGUGAAUGUUCAAAUCAAACCCCCCGAGGCUCAACUUCGACCGUCAUCUUACCUGAAUCUCCACUCCCCUUAGCGGCGCCCCCAUCACGUCCACUGCCAUGCCUCUGCAAAUCGUCGUGGUGCCUGCUUCUACCAAAGCCGGCCGAGAAACAAUCCGUCAGCUCCUCGAGUCUCAGAGAAAGCCCCUGGUCCGUGGCAUCUACCGAGACCCAUCGAAAGCUCCUGUGGAGUUCACCCAGCACCCUCGCUUCGAAGCGAAGGAGGGCAAUGUCGCAACCGGCACGUCCCUCGAUCUCAGCAGCGCGGAUGCAGUCUUCUACAUCCCGCCCCCGACGUACGACGGAACCGACCAGGGCGAAUGGGCAACUCGUUGUGCAGGGCAUGUAAAGGAUGCCAUCCGACAGGCUCCGAAUGUCAGGAGACUUGUUCUCCUGUCGGCGUUGGGCUCGCACCAUGACCAUGGCAUCGGGGUUCUUCGCCUAAACCACGUUACAGACACGGUUCUCAAGGACGCGGUGCGGGAGGUGGUCAUCGUCAGACCGGGCUUCUUCCAGGAGGAAUUUGCUUCUGCGCUUGAGACAGCACAGGCCGAUCCGCCUGUUGUCCACUCAUGGAUUACGCCCAUUGACCACAAAAUCCCCAUGGUGAGCCUCAAAGACAUUGCACGGACUGUUACCAACGCCCUCCUCGCCGAGUCAGCCAAGCCGAGCCCGCACGUUACUAAGAUCCUUGGUCCACGACCCUACGGCGCUCUCGACCUCAAGCACGCGGUGGAGCAGGCCACCGGCAAGGCGGUGGACCUCAGGCUUGUAGAAAAGGAAGAGCUUGCUGCCUUCUUCGGCCAGCAUGGUAUCCCAGAGGCGCACGUGGGGGAGUUUGUGGAGUUUUCUGAAGCUUGUCUACCUGGCGGACUCAUCGACGGUGCCACUGAGCCCGACGAAAACACAGUGAUCGGGGAGACGGAGCUGACAGACACUUUCCGCGAGCUGUAUGCGAAGGGAGCUGGCAGAGCCUAGGCAUCUUGAAGGUAGCCAGAUCUGGGUGUGAUGGCAGCUGCUUCAUCCUAGAGGUUGACCAGCUGGAGGAAUUUGAGGUGGUUGCUGGAUCCAAUGUCUGCCUCUGUUCUGAUUUGUGUAUUGGAAAGAAAUCUCCCACCCGCCGGAAAAGCUCGCUUAGACUAUCCAAGUUAGUUAUGUCAGCAAGGCUGACUUCUGUGUCCUGAACAACCACUCAUCUUGAUUCUUCAACUCAAUCCUACGGACUGUGCGGACGUAGCUUCUGGUUGAAGGGACACGACGGAAGUGCUGUGAGCUUGUACAAUCCAACCCUGGUUUGUUUGCUAGGUAGUGUUGAGUAUGGAAGCGCUGGUGGGAAAUGUGAGAAACAUGAUAUAAGGAAGAAAUCAAAGAAAAAGUGAGAAAAGAAAAAG